AUGGAAUCGGACCCCGUCAAGGCCGAACAAGGCGAACUACUAGGAGUCGAACAGGACCCGGACCUGCGCAAGAGAACAAGCAGAGCAUGCAUUCGCUGCCGUUUCCGCCACACAAGGUGUCCCGGCGGCCAGCCGUGCGGCAAGUGCCAGAUGGCAAAGACAAAGUGUGAGUAUGUCGAGUACGAGAAGCGAUUAGUGGUUUCGCGCAAGUAUCUCUAUAAGCUCCAGGAGGACAUUGUACGGCUCAAGAAAGAGAACGCGGCGCUUCGAGCGGCCAACGAAAGCAACGGCUCGGCCAUGCGGCCGGACAGAGACGCCAGCCGAGAAAAAUCGCCAGAUGUAUCUGCAGACCGAAGCUCGGAGCCACAAGUGUCUGGAGACUUGGACGGCCAGUUUUUGACGCCCGAUGACCCGUCGGUGCCCGAGGUGAUCCACCCUUCUCUCGACAAGCAUGGGCGGCUCAUCCAGUCCCGAACAGGCGAAAAGUUGUAUGUCGGUUCUUCUUCGAUGACUCUUUUCGGCUUGGAGAUCGAAAACAUGGCGCCGCCGUAUGCGCCAGACUUGUUACACUCCAAUUCGUUGGUGCUGACGCCAGCAGAGUCGCCGCAGUUUGGCAAGUCCGAGACCCGCACCGAGUUCAGUGACUCAAAGCGGGAAACAAAGAUCUUGGAGAAAGAAGGCAACGCCUACAACAUCACAUUGGCCAAGACCAACACGCGGCCGGGCUUGCUGGUGAACUUUACGCUUCCAUCGUAUCUGUACGCAAUUCUUCUUGUUGACACGUUUAUCAAUUACAACGACGGGUGCUUUUAUUUUUUCAACGAGGGUCUUGUCAAGCGGUUCUUGAUGAACCUCUACUCUGGCCGCGGUGCUGAAAACAAAAAGAUCAUCAAACGAAACAUGUCAUCCCGUCUUGGCCCGGCAGCAGACGAAAACACCAUCAAGAAGGACACCGACGACGACACGAUAUUGGAAACCAUCUGGUUCUGCAAAAUCCUUUUGAUUUUUGCCAUUGGCGAGAUGUAUCUCGGCACGGAGUCGGACACGCACAUGAAGAACCUGGAGAAGGAGGUGAUUAUGAACUACGGAAAAAACAAGACGAAAAAGAGAGCCAUGGGAAAGGGCAAUACGCUUCCGGGAUCCGGGUUUUUUUACCAGGCCUCAGAACUUUUCACAGGCUUAUUCGCCUCGGGCGCCAUUGACAAUAUCACCAAGGACGGCGGUAUCGAGGUGAUGUUGCUCUAUGCGUUUUACCUCCAGGUGGCCGACUGCACCAUUGCGUCGUACUUUUACUUUGGCCUCGCGUUACGGUCUACGUUGAUUUUGGGAUGGCACGUUGACGCGGACAUGGAGAACUUGAACCGGUUCGAGUUGGAGCACCGCCGCAGAAUAUGGUGGACCGUGUACAUGUACGAGCGCAUGUUGUCGUCCAAGGCCGGGUUGCCGCUAAGUUUUGCCGACGACAGUGUUUCCACAGAGCUUCCGUUCGACUUCAAAACGGACCUUGACGAUUUCCCGAGAGACGAAAACGACGUGAGAGGAUACUACAUUUUCCCCUCGGCAGAGUACAUCAACAACUGCGUGACCAUCACCCAAAUCAACGCCAUCAUCUUGUCGUCGCUAUAUACGAAACAGCCCACGGCCAACAUUCUUCCUGUGGUUUCCGACUUGGUGCAGCGCUUGUUCAAGUGGAAAAACUCGUUGCCGCAGUUUCUCCGCGUGGACUUCUCCAAAGACGACGUCAAGAUCUCCCGCUUGAUUGUCAACCUCAUGACAGAGUACUUCCAAGGCAUGAACUUGGCGGUGCGGCCGCUUCUUUUCCACUUUGCCACCAAGAAACUCAAGGAGUUGCAGUUGCAGAACAACCAGAACAAGUACAUUGACUUGACGCAGUACUCGAAGAACGUGCUCACGUUGCUCAAUGCGUCGUUCCAGGCGUCCAUCAACAGCAUCAAAUGCAUCUGGGCGCUCCUCCCGCAGAACAUGGUGGCGCUUUUCGGCUGGAUGGACCGCGAGUAUCUCUUCACCUCUGCAUCCACGCUCAUCCUCUUCAAUGCGUCGUUUGGUGUCCACGAUGCCACUCGGAAACAUCUAGACCACGCCCUUACGCUCUUCACCAAAAUGAAAAAGCUUGGCAACUAUCCGGCGGCCCUCCGCCGUGCACAGCUUCUCAAGUUGAUCCGAGUUCUAGACUUCAACGGUGUCAUGCAAGAUCUCUUGCAGAAACAUGACGACGACGAUGGCUCGGCGGCUCCUGUUACAGGCCCUGCAGCGCCUAUGGAUGUGGAUCCAAGCGGCUUUGGCGGCGCCACGCUGUUUGCGCCGGCUUCGAAACCGUCUACAUAUGCCGAGCCCAUUCCCAUGCAUGCGGUGCAUCCGAUGGCCGGCGGCCCAGAACCUCUCCAAUCCAACUUGGACUUUAUCCAGUUCAACGGGCCUGUGCCAUCUUCCACACGGCAUGCCUCCAACCGCCAUACGCCCACAAUUCCAGCGUCGGCCAAUUUGGCCAACGAGGAGACGUUUCGGUUCAACGGGGCUGCCGCUGAACGCAAAACCGGGGACGGUUACUUCCCUAACCGUGACUUGGCGGGCAUUGAAGGGUUGACGUAUCUCGACGAGGAGCAGAAAUUGUGGAACGAAAUCACCAAUGAUGCAGGCUGGUUGCAGCCGUCGGGGGUGCCGUCGGUUCGACCAGAAAGCCAAUACAACUUCGGCCCGGGAGCCAGAGGAAGCAAUCUUCCGAGCCACAACUCCAUCAACAACUUUGUCGGUGCCUACACAGACAUUGUCAACCUCGAAUUCCACGAAGAUACGUGA